AUGGGCAGCAGCACGGUGUUCGCGUACUCCGCGCUGAUGGGUGGCAAAAGCGUGGCACUCUCCAAUUACACCGGGCGCGUAACUGUUGUCGUCAACACCGCCUCCCUUUGCAGUUUUGCCAACUCGAGCCUGCAGCAGUUGACACACGUGCAGGAAACGUACGGACCGCGCGGUUUCACCAUCCUGGCUUUUCCCUGUGCUCAGUUUGCCAACCAGGAGCCGAAAAGCAACGAAGAGAUCGCCGUGUGGGCGCAAACGUGUGGCUUGAAUUUUCCGCUGUUUGACAAGGUGAAGGUGAAGGGGCCGGAUGCACACCCGUUGUUUCAGAUGCUGCAGGCCUCGCUCGGCCCUAUACGCUGGAAUUACACGAAGUUUAUAUGCGACCGUGAAGGCAUCCCGCUGGUUAAAUUGGACUCGUCCUCCUUUUUGGAAGAGCUGCGGCGCUCCAUCGAGCAGGCUUGCGGGCCGCAACGGGGUGCAUGA